AUGGAGGCACUGGGGCGUGGUACGCCGCACAGAGGCAAUGCCCGGCAGCCUGCUGCCGCCCGCUCGCCUAUGCGCAGCGGGGGCUGCCGCAUGGCGCCGACGCUGAUCCGAAGCCGCCUGGCCAAUGGCACUGCCAGCCCAGUCCUGGGCCAGGUCAUGAGGAGCGCCCCGCAGCGGCCCGGAGGCCCCAGCCCCCCGCCUCGCGCCAAUGGUAACGUCUACGCCAACGGCGCCCAUGUGCACAGCACGGUCGCCGGCAAGCGAUCGCGCCGUGGAGAAGCACAAGGCACUGUGGUCACAUCAGGGCAGCCGGGGGCGCUGAUGUCAGUGCCCACGCCCAUCCGCAGCACCAGCGCGCCACAUCUGCCAGGCGACCCAGCGAAGGCUGUGGAGCAGGCGCCAGGACAGAGUCAAGAGGGCCAGGGCAUCAUGAACCACUUGCCCUGGCUGGCAGCGAAACGGACCACGCUACUACAGCUCAUGGCGGAGUGGUCACAGAGCCAAGGAGAGUGCUGGACGAUCUCACGGGUCAGCUGA